AUGACUGAUUCUUCCGUUAUUAAAGAAGAUCAAUGUCCCUAUUCCUAUUGGUCUUUAUACUUCAACGACGAAGUUUACGAUUGCAAACACAAGCAUGUAAGCAUAAUCGAAGAGUUUACCAAAUACGCUCAAAACAUUGAUCUGCAAGUUGAAAAGCAAAGUCUGUCGAGCGAGCUUUUGCAUCAGCUAAAAACUAGUCCGCGAACUACAUUGGAUUGUGCAGCAGUGGCGUUAUGCGAACUAUUAUUCGAACCAGAUUCUGUCGAUUACAAGCUUCGUGUUCUUUUGAUUAAUUAUGGACAAAUGACAACAUUCCAAGGGCUAUCAGCUAACAUUAUAGGACAAUUAGUUUCUGUGAGAGGCGUCGUGACAUCGGUGCAUUGUCCUCGCACAUAUUCGGCGUCAGUCAACGUCAGAUGUGCCAUCUGCAACGAAAAGCAGACAGUGCAACUUACUUCUGGUGGGUCACCAUCUACCACAUCGUGCAAAACUUCCUUUUGUAAGAACAAAGGCACCCACGGCUCUCUAAAAUUCGAAAGUCAUGUUGAUCUAAUCGAUUGUCAAACAAUGCAAAUUCAAGAAGUAUUCGCUUGCGAGAGUUUAAUUGUUCCACAAAUGGUCGAAUGUGAAUUGCGACACGAACUGGUGAACGUGGUAAAUCCUGGAGAUGCUGUAUACGUUACUGGUAUCGUAGAAGUGAACAGCCAAAAAGGUUCAUACAAUACCAAUAAUCGUCAUGUGAAGAAACAUACUCUAUACAUCGAUGUUGUUUCCAUGAACAAAAUUUCGAAUUCCGAAGAAAUUGACCAAGAAUAUGCCCCAUUUAUUGCUGAAGACCUGUGUUUGAUACAUGAUAUUGUUGGCGUAUCGAAUGUCUUUAAGGUUCUAGUCAAUUCGUUUUGUACCGAAGUCUUUGGACAAGAAAUAAUUAAAGCUGGGUUAUUGCUGUCAUUGUUCACCGGAGAUCAAUCAAUACAUUAUAAUGAACAUAACGCAUUACAUGUUUUAAUUGUUGGCGACCCAGGUACACCAGCAGCACAACUUAUUUCGGCAGCUACAAUGCUCUCAAAUAUGACGGUUAUCUCUAAACAAACAACACCCGUGGAAAACCGAAAAUUAACACCACGACUGUCUCGUGAAAAUCUAUCGAACAGUUGGAUUCUAGAAGCAGGUCCCCUGGUUGCUUGUGAUCGAGGCACAUGCCGGGCAGAAGAUUUAAAUACAUUUCAAGAUUUGGAUGCUUUGGCAGAAGCGCUUGAUAAACAGUCGGUCUUAGCCACUGCUAAUCCUACCAAAGGACAUUACGACAAAUCCAAGACAAUCGCCGAGAAUACAAAAUUAAACAAUAAUCUGUUAUCACAUUUUGACCUUGUCUUUCUCAUUCUCGAUAAGCCUGAGGAAAGUUCUGACAAGCAUUACUCGGAACUAAUUAUGAUGACACGUUCUCGAGGUGAAUUCGGAUCUUCGUCACAAUAUCCAGGUUUUCGGAACGCUUGUACCAAAGCCGUGACUCACGCAACAGACGUGAAAUCUCGUUUGAGGGUAUCUCAGGAUGAAGGAUUUACUCCUGUUCCACCAAAUCUUUUGAAGGAAUAUAUAACAUAUGCGAUCACCGCAUCUUUACGCGAGAAAACAAAAUCCGUUUAUGAGCAUAUGCGCCGAAAGUAUCGGUCCUUUGUUGACGAGACGAUUACUUUGAAACAACUGGAGACUCUAUUAAAAUUAUCCAUUGCUCGUGCUCGUGUUGAAUUGCGAGAUACCGUGACCCAAGAGGACGUUGAAGAUGUUGCUGAAAUAAUAGAACAUUGCUUAUUGCAAGUCCAGCGAGACGAUGUCCAUCAGCGAAAUGAGUCUGGACGUCGAUUGAACAGCAGGCAGGCCGAGGCUCGGAGAUUACUAUCGUAUCUUCAAGGGAUUGCUUCGGCAAAUCAAAAUGAUACUUUCACUCUCGACGAACUAUCUCAGAUUAGCACAACUUUGAAAUUGCAGUAUGACAAUUUCCAGGCUUUUGUUGAUUUCCUGAAUGAGCAAGGUUUGGUACUCAAGAAGGCACCAGGAAUUUAUCAGAUUAGAUAG